AUGGCUUCCCUCAAUCUCUCCACCAACGGCCCCUCGAUAUCCAAGAGCUACCAGGCUGUCGUAAAUGCAGCCCCUAGUUCUGGCUCAGCCACAUAUGGCCAAUGGGCUGUCUUUUCCGUCUCAACCCCUCUAGUCAAUGCUUUCCAGCAAGAUGCCGGCAACAAAGAGAGCGUUCUAAAGGUUCAAAGUUCUGGAGAGGGUGAAUUAACUGAUCUCAUUGAGGAGUUUUCCGAAGGACGUGUACAGUUCGCCUAUGUCAAGGUCACCGAUCCAAACACUGGCUUGCCUAAAAAUGUUCUCAUCGCUUGGUGUGGUGAGGGUGUACCAGAACGUACGAAAGGGUACUUUACAAGCCACUUGGCUACCGUUUCUAAGUUCCUACACGGAUAUCAUGUUCAGAUCACAGCCCGCGCUGACGGUGACUUGACUCCCGAGGGCAUCGUGAAGAAAGUCGCGGACUCGUCAGGAGCCAAGUACUCAGUCGAAUCGCAGACAUCUGUACCGGCGCCCGCUGCUCGUCCACCAGUCGCCAGCAAACCCGUGUUCACACCCACUCGGUCCGGUGGUAUUGGCCCGAAACCGAUCGUACCUCUCUCUAAGCCAUCUUCUGCCAAUGUGGACGAUGAUGGCUGGGGUCCGGAUGCGCCUCCCAUCACCCGAACUCAGCUCGAAAAGGUCAAACCAGCAUAUCAACCAACCCGAGUGAACUUGCAACAACUCAAGUCAGAAAACCAAUCCCCAGCUUCCCGGCAGGCGGCUCCUGCCACCACUGAAGACCGUGCCGAUGUCGUCCGAGGUGCGUAUCAGCCAAUAGGAAAAGUGGACAUCGCAGCAAUUCGGAAACAAGCCGCAGAAUCUGGUCAACUCAAAGAUGAUCGCCCGGUGAUCGUGAAGGGAGCCUAUGAACCGGUGGGCAAGGUGGAUAUCUCUGCUAUUCGCGCUCGCGCACAGAAACCAGGGGCUAGUGAAGAUGUCCCGAGCCCGGUUCCUCACAAUGAACGCACUACAUUGCCAGAGCGACCCUCAGUAAACCAGAGCGCCGAGCGUUUGACCAACUUACCCAAGCCCAAGAUUGCGAACAAAUUUGGGUCCAGUCCAUCAUUCCCCGGCACAAAGCCUCCUCUGCCUGCAGGCACGGGCCCAGUCGCUCCAAACGUGCAAGUUGGCAGUGCCAGCCGAACCUUCGCUGAUCAAGGGGGUAAGACUCCUGCACAACUGUGGGCGGAACGCAAGGCCAAAGAACACGGAGCCCCUUCUUCAGCCAAUGUGCCCGCUAGCCCACUUCAGAGCCAGCCUAGUGGCCAGACAGAGUGGAAGAGCGGAUACGCUGGAAAGUCAUGGGCAACGGUGCAGACCGUCAAGGACAAACCGGUGACUCCGCUGGUUCCAGAUGCCAGGGCUUCCGACCCCCGUGCGGUCGAAGCCCCGGAGCCUGUGCACGUGGCUGACGUCCGUGACCAAUUUUCUCAGGAACCUCCUUCACCUGUGGCUGCAGAAGCACCACCACCACCACCUCUUCCACAGAUCAGCCGUCCUGUUCCUGUUCCGGGACUCGCAACUGGACCUAUCGAGCCUGAGGUGGGUAAUGAUGCCCAACAGGCUCUGCCAAUUCCACCGCCGCCGCAACCACCACGCUCCCCAACUCCCCCUACUCCUCCGGUUCGCGAGAGCUCACCCAUCCGCGUUGCCAUACCUGUGGGCCGUGGAGUUGCCGACGCACAUGAAGAGCAGCACUCACCACCCCCCGCGUUGCCUGUCCAAAGCUUGCAGGAAGUUGUUCCGGAUGAGAAGGAAUUGGAGGAUGAUACCCACGAUCUAGGCCGUGCUACAGCGGAAGCCACCGUUGCCGAUCAAUCUCUAGGUGGCCUGCGUGCCGUAGUACAGUUUGACUACGAGAAGGCUGAGGAUAAUGAGAUUGAUCUCCGUGAGACUGAAUAUGUGACCGAAAUUGAGAUGGUCGAUGAAGAUUGGUGGCUGGGAGUCAAUGUUCAGGGAGAACGAGGUCUCUUCCCUGCUAACUAUGUCGAGAUUGUCGAAGAUGAAGCGGCUGGUGCUGCUCAUGCUCAAGAGCCUAUUGCGGAGCCCGAGCCUGAACACAUCCCCGAGCCCGAGCCUGAGCCUGAGGUGGCUCCAGUCCAUUCUUCAGCAGGUUCUCAGGGACCGACAGCCAAAGCAAUCUACGAUUAUGAAGCUGCAGAGGACAAUGAGCUUAGCUUCCCCGAGGACGCCAUAAUUGAGAACGUGGAAUUCCCUGACGAUGAUUGGUGGCUUGGGGAGUACAACGGAGCCCGAGGACUGUUCCCUGCGAACUACGUGGAGCUGAAUCAGUGA